AUGGUGCCGGAAGCAAAGGACUAUGCGUUUUCUACGCAGUGCGUGACGGCGUACGAUCCAGCACACGUCGAUCAAUAUGGUGCUUCUUCUACGCCCGUGUAUUUGACGGCCACGUUUAAAGGGCUGCCAGGCGCCGAGUUUGACUAUACGCGCGUCUCGAAUCCAUCCCGGUCGGUGCUGGAAACACACCUGGCGAAGCUGGAGGGAUCCAAGUACGCGUAUGCGGUAUCGUGCGGUAUGGCGUGUCUCGAUGUCAUCAUGCGCCUUGUACGCCCUGGUGAAUGCGUGAUUGCCGGCGACGAUCUGUACGGUGGCUCCAACCGGCUGUUGGAGUUGCUCAAGAAGCAAAUGCAUAUCGAGGUCGACAACAUCGACACGACGGACCUCGUGGCUGUUGAGCAAGCGCUGCAACAGCGCGCCAAAGCGCACGCCGCAGGAGAAGGUGCGCGGGUAGCGCUCGUGCUGCUUGAAUCGCCGACCAAUCCCAUGAUCAAGAUCGCUGACCUUGCCGGAUGCACGCGUCUAGUUCGCAAGUACAUCCCCGAGGCGCUGGUUGUGGUCGACAAUACGAUGCUGUCGCCAUACCUUAUGCGCCCGCUCGAGUUUGGCGUAGACAUUGUGUACCACUCCGCCACCAAGUACCUGAGUGGUCACCACGACAUCAUGGCCGGCGUGAUUUCAUGUAACCGCGACGACCUCGCGGAGAGCAUGUUCUUCACUAUCAAGUCGGUGGGAAAUGCGCUCUCGCCGCACGACUGCUUUCUUCUGUUGCGUGGUGUCAAGACCCUCGCUUUGCGUAUGGACCGUCAGCAAACGUCAGCGAUGCAAGUGGCCACCUACCUCGAGCGACUUGGCUUCAAGGUCCGGUAUCCGGGUCUGCGUGCCUUCCCGGGACACGCUGUUCACAUGCGCCAGGCACGUGGCGCAGGCGGUGUCCUGAGCUUUGAGACGGGAUGUACGUCCAUGUCAGAAAAGGUGGUGGCUGCCACGAAGCUGUGGGGCGUGAGUGUGAGCUUUGGGUGCGUCAACAGCCUCAUCAGCAUGCCAUGCCAAAUGUCGCACGCCAGCAUCGAUCCCAAAGUGCGUGCGGCGCGCGGUUUGCCUGAGAACCUGAUCCGGCUGUGUCUGGGCAUCGAGGAUCCCAACGAUCUGAUUGCCGACUUGCAGCAGGCACUCUUGUCGGCGGGAGCCAUCGUUGCGUCAGAACAAGGCACGUUUGUACGCGUGCCUGUCGAAGACGAGAUGGAACUUGCCCGUCGUCAGCUGCGCGCGAAGCAGCCCGAGGCGCCGACGCGCCCCACGAGUCUCACGGUCAGUGCACCCGGCAAAGUCAUCCUCUUUGGCGAGCAUGCCGUCGUGCAUGGCGUCACGGCUAUCGCCGCUGCUACAGCUCUUCGCUGCUAUGCGCGCGUAUCCAGCAUGCCCAUGGUCCAAUUGGCGCUUCGUAUGCCUGACAUUGGCCUGGAUCAGCAGUGGGACCCCGCAGUGUUGCCAUGGGUCUUGUGUCAGAAUGACAACGAUCACACUACAUUCAAUGCUAAGCUGCUCGAAGCGCUCUCGACCAUCGUCAGCAGCUCAUACCCACCUGACGACCGCCGACACGCUGCGUCGUUGGCGUUUCUAUACCUUUACAUGCACUUGGCGCAGGAUCAAGGGCUUGGGCAAUCGUUUGAGCUCCGCUCCGCGUUGCCCAUCAGCGCAGGUCUCGGCAGCAGUGCGGCGGUGUCUACAUGCUUGGCAGCGCUUCUCCUGUACUCGCACGAGCAUCUGCCCUUGCCAGAUCUGCACGAGCCCAUGCCUCCUGCACACACAGCGCUGAUCAACGCCUGGGCCUAUAUGGCCGAAAAAGUCAUUCACGGCGAGCCAUCGGGCGUGGACAACACAGUGGCGACUCUUGGUGGUGCUGUCGCAUUCACGCGAGCCCUGUCGACCAACGACCUGAGCGAAAAUCGGCUAGAGCGUAUCAGCUUUGACGCUGUCCGUCUGCUCAUUACAGACACGCGUGUCGUACGCAGCACCAAGGAACUUGUGGCGCGUGUGAGCCAACAGAAGCAGCAAGAUCCUACUCGCGUUGACGCAGCCUUUACCAUGAUUCAGCACCUGAGCGCCGAAGCGAAGCGCCUGCUUGGUGAUAGCUCACUGAGUCGCACGGACCUCAUAUCGAGUCUGAGUCUGCUCAUGGACCUCAACCACCUCCAGCUCGUGCAGUUGCAGGUCGGUCAUGCCGCUCUUGAGAUCGUGCGUAGGCUGUGUGCCGAGCGCCAUCUGCGCGCGAAGCUGACGGGGGCGGGUGGUGGUGGCUGUGCUAUCACGCUACUCAAAGACAGCAUGUCCGACGCAGCCAUCGAGGAACUCGUGCUUGCUAUGCGUGAGCAGGACUUUUUGACCUACGAAACCCAAGUGGGCGGUCCCGGCAUCGGCGUUCUGGUGCAUCCGAACGAGCACGCCACGAACCUCGGAGCUGAUGCGACUUGGGCCGAACAGUGCGGAACAUGGAUCUAUGCCUAA